GGGCAGGCACCUGCUGCUCUGUAAUGAUUCAGCCUCUUUCAGCCACUGCGUUCACACGACAGGAUGCUGUUGCUACUGUCGCUGCUGCCUCUCCUGCCGCCGCCGCUGCUGCUGCCGCCGCCGCCUCUGGUCUUGCUUUUGCUUUUACUUCUUCUGCAUGACAGUUGUUUUCUUCCUCUAAGCAGACACCAGCUUCAGACGCUUGAGGUGAGAAACAUGCCUUUCAGUUUGGGAUACUGGUUUACUUAACGAGCCAGGCAUCGGCUCACUUCCUAUUUUGGUCCCCCGCUUUCUUGACCAACCGGGAUGGUUUGGAGAAGCCUUUGAAAGAACUGGAAAAGUGUCCCAGAAACAAGCUCAAGAUAUUUCGGUACACUUCUAUUUCGUAGUUGCUAGAAGCCCUUUCUUCUUUUUCUCCUUUUCCUUGGUUCCUCCUUGAGCUCUCUUACUUUUGAUAAUGGCCUUGGACUUGGAUGCCUUAUCGAUCUCCCCCUCCAAGAUGCUGUAUCAUUUGGUUGGGGGGAGCUCUGCAUGGUAACGCACUGUGAGACAGGCCAGGCCUUCUGGAGGUGAGCCGAUGGAGAUUUAUUCCCCAGACAUGUCUGAGGUAGCUGGCGGGAGGUCCUCCAGCCCCUCCACUCAGCUGAGUGCAGACCCAUCUCUCGAUGGGCUUCCGGCCGCGGAGCACAUGCCAGACACCCAUACUGAAGACGGGAGAAGCCCUGGACUCCUGGGCCUGGCAGUGCCCUGCUGUGUGUGUCUGGAAGCUGAGCGCCUGAGAGGGUGCCUCAACUCAGAGAAGAUCUGCAUUGUCCCCAUUCUGGCUUGCCUGGUCAGCCUCUGCCUCUGCAUUGCUGGCCUAAAGUGGGUAUUUGUGGACAAGAUAUUUGAAUACGACUCUCCUACUCACCUUGACCCUGGGGGGUUAGGCCAGGACCCUGUUAUUUCUCUGGAUCCAACUGCUGCCUCAGCUGUGUUGGUGUCAUCUGAGGCAUACACUUCACCUGUCUCUAGGGCUCUGUCUGAACCUGAGGUUCAUGUUACAGUGCAAGUUGACAAUGUUGCUGUGGCCUCUGAACCUUCAGCAGGACCAACCCGGAAGAACCAUCUGCCUGCUUUUCCUCCCUUACUGUCUACCGUGCCACCCUUCCCUUCUCCAGCUCGGACCCCUGAGGUGAGAACACCCAAGUCAGCCACUCAGCCACAAGCAACAGAAACUAAUCUCCAAACUGCUCCUAAACUUUCCACGUCUACGUCCACCACUGGGACCAGUCAUCUUGUAAAGUGCGCCGAGAAGGAGAAGACGUUCUGUGUGAAUGGUGGCGAGUGCUUCAUGGUGAAAGAUCUGACAAACCCUUCGAGAUACUUGUGCAAGUGCCCAAAUGAGUUUACUGGUGAUCGUUGCCAAAACUACGUAAUGGCCAGCUUCUACAAGCAUCUUGGGAUUGAAUUUAUGGAAGCGGAGGAACUCUACCAGAAGAGAGUGUUGACAAUCACUGGCAUCUGUAUCGCCCUGCUGGUGGUCGGCAUCAUGUGUGUGGUGGCCUACUGCAAAACCAAGAAACAGCGGCAAAAGCUUCAUGAUCGGCUUAGGCAGAGCCUUCGGUCUGAACGGAACAACAUGGUGAACAUAGCCAACGGGCCUCACCAUCCGAACCCACCACCGGAGAACGUGCAGCUGGUGAAUCAAUACGUGUCUAAAAACGUCCUCUCCAGUGAGCAUAUUGUUGAGCGAGAAGCCGAGACCUCCUUUUCCACCAGCCAUUACACUACCACGGCUCAUCACUCCACAACUGUCACCCAGACUCCCAGUCACAGCUGGAGUAACGGGCACACAGAGAGCAUCAUUUCAGAGAGCCACUCUGUAAUCAUGAUGUCAUCAGUAGAAAACAGUAGACACAGCAGCCCAGCUGGGGGCCCACGAGGACGUCUUCACGGUCUGGGAGGCCCUCGCGAAUGUAACAGCUUCCUCAGGCAUGCCAGAGAAACCCCUGACUCGUACCGAGACUCUCCUCAUAGCGAAAGGUAUGUAUCAGCCAUGACCACCCCGGCUCGUAUGUCACCUGUAGAUUUCCACACGCCAAGCUCCCCUAAAUCACCCCCUUCGGAAAUGUCUCCACCCGUGUCCAGCAUGACGGUGUCCAUGCCCUCCGUGGCAGUCAGCCCCUUUGUGGAAGAAGAGAGACCUCUGCUUCUCGUGACACCACCAAGACUCCGGGAGAAGAAGUGUGAUCGUCACCCCCAGCAACUCAAUUCCUUUCAUCACAACCCUGCGCAUCAGAGUGCCAGUCUCCCCCCUAGCCCACUGAGGAUAGUAGAGGAUGAGGAGUAUGAGACGACCCAGGAGUACGAGCCCGUUCAAGAGCCUGUAAAGAAACUCACCAACAGCCGGCGGGCCAAAAGAACCAAGCCCAAUGGCCACAUUGCCAAUCGGUUGGAAAUGGACAACAACACAAGUUCUGUGAGCAGUAACUCAGAAAGUGAAACAGAAGAUGAAAGAAUAGGUGAAGAUACACCAUUCCUGGGCAUACAGAACCCCCUGGCAGCCAGUCUCGAGGCAGCCCCUGCCUUCCGUCUGGCUGAUAGCAGGACUAACCCAGCAGGCCGCUUCUCCACGCAGGAAGAAUUACAGGCCAGGCUGUCUAGUGUAAUCGCUAACCAAGACCCUAUCGCUGUAUAAACCUAAAUAAACACAUAGAUUCACCUGUAAAACUUUAUUUUAUAUAAUAAAGUAUUUCACCUUAAA